AUGAGCAAAGAAUGGGCUGAUGCUCUCGAAUGCAGAAGCAAAAUAUCCUUGGAAGAUAGAAGAGAAGAGAGAGGAAUAAAUAACUAUGAACUAAUAAAUGAAAAAAUAUUCGUGUAUAGAUGUAGAGUAUGCCUUCUAGUGUUUACAUGUGUACACUCAUUUUCAAAUCAUGUCAUAAGUGAGAACCAUCGAAUAAAACAGUUAGAUUCAUUGAUGAAAGAAAAAUUUUAUAACUGCCUUAGAUGUAAAUAUAUCUGUUUUAGCAUAGCUAAGAUUAUAAAACAUAUAGAAUUGUAUAAUCAUGGUCACAAUGUUUUAAAAAAAAUAAAAAUGAAUAUGAUGUACAAUGGAGUAGCUUCUUGCUCCUGCAAAACCAAAUGUUAUACCUUUUAUUCACAAAAUAAGUAUUGCACAAAUGCAGAAAAUGCUCUUUUGUGUGAAUUUAAAAGCGGCACUAAUUUCAGCUCGCUAGGUGAAGACAGGGACUUUAAUUAUGAUUGUAUUUAUAGUCACAAUCAGGACAAUAGUCAGAAUCACAAUCGAGGCAAUAGUCAGAAUGAUAUUCCUUCAGUUGGAAUUGAAUACAUUCCCAGUGAGGGAGAAAUGUCUCCUAGAGGUAACUUCUUACCCCAAAUAAACGCUCCUAACAUUCUGAACCCAUUUUUUCCUAGCUAUGAUAGCCAGUCGCACACAAACGAGGCUUUCAGCGACCAUCCCAUGAUAGAAUUCAAUAGAAGGAAAACUUUGAGUUUUUUUCUGCCCAUCACAGCUGAAGGGUCUGCUCAACACAAGGGACGAACCAUGGAAAAUGAUGUUUCUGGAAGUAGAGAAGUAGGGAAAAACAUCGUAGAUAGAAGUGGUAGCAAAAUUGUGGAUACAGGUGGACUGGGAGAUGAAAACAUAAGUGCGAAUAACCCAAUGCAGGUGAACAGGAUUACAAGUGAGAAUAAUGGCACGAGCAUGAGUUGCAGUCAGGUCGGAGAACAAACGAAACUCAGCCCCAUCUGCACUGAUAUAAACAAAAUAAACAAUUUUAACACCAUUUUACUAAAUUUAGAGGAGCAAGAAGCAAAGAAUGACUCAGAUAACUACAGAAGCAAUGACAAAAGGAAUUUAUUGUUGCACAUAUAUAAAAACAAUUACAACUUGAAUAAUGUACAAAGAAAUAAUUCUUACUAUCAUGUAGAUAACUAUAAUGAGAAAAAGUGCGAUUCUAUGGAAGAAAAUGGAACUCAAUUCUCUUCCUCCCAUUUGACCUUGAAUAAAUCUAACAACUUUUCUGAAAGAAAUUUUGAUCCAUUGAAAAAUUAUGCAUAUAAUCCUUUCGAAAAUAACUCCUUCAACUUAUUUGAAAAGGAUAUGUAUAACAAUGUGGAGACAUUCACAGAUAAUACCAGUUUUGAUAUCCAUCAUAGGGAUCACAACAGAAGCCUAGAAAAUACAACAGAUAUGAAGAAAAAUACAAGUUCCAGGAGUAUUUAUAAAGAUAUGAAAAAUGAUAACUAUUUGUAUGCAUCCAAUUUUUGUAACAUGGGAGGAAGUUGCAAUACCCAGGGAAGGAGCAACAUAAGGAGAAAUUCUAAACAGAACAAGCCCCCUACUUAUGAACCAAUUUUCUACAACGAGAAGAACAACAUCAAUGAUACAUUUGUCUCGACAUUAGAGAAAGAUAUUCUUCAAACCAAAGGAAAAACAAAAACAGAAAAUGAAAACGAGAAUACCUUUCACCCCUCUUCCAUAGGAAGUGCUAGGGGGAUCUCUUCAUUAAUCACAAUAUCUGAACAACAGGAAAAAGUAGCAUUAUACAAUAUUCCACCAGACCUUAGACACGAUAAUCGGAUGGAUUCAAACGUGAUGCGACUGAAUGGAACGCGUACAAAUGGUGAUAUACGUAACAGGAUACAAGAGGGCAUGCAAAAGGAGUUUAAUGAGAGUAGGGAUGAGCAUAAGGAUCAGCACCAAAAUCAGUGCGGGAAUCUGUUUGGGAAUCAGUGUGAAAAUCAAUACAAGAAUGAGUAUGGAAAUCAGUGUGAAAAUCAGUACAAGAAUGAGCGUGGGAAUCAAUAUGGGAAUCUGUGUGAGAGCCAAUUGAACGAUUUUCAAUACAAGGAGAAGACUAGCUGUUCGGAUAAUGUCUUAAAAAAACAUCUUGGUAAAAAUUUGACACUACACAUGUAUGACUGUCACGCGAGCAACACCGGAGAUGCAGAUACAGGAGUACAAAAGGGGAGCACUGUAAAUGUUAAAGGCGAGAAAAAGAAGAAAAACAUAGGGAGAGAAAAAUACUGGGAAUCUCUCAAUGAUUGUCUUAUGUCACCAGACAAUGUUACACCGGAGAUAUUGGAGAAGCAGAAGCCGAGUAAAGUUACCUUUACAAAAAUGAAUUUCACUUACAGAGAAUUUAAAAAUUAUGAAACGUCGGGUAGUAGACAAGGAAUCAAGGACAUUGAUUCGCUUCUUUUGGAUAAAUGCUGGAGAUCUCAAAUGGAUAAAACGAGUAGUGAUGUUUACAAGUGUAUGAGUGGCAUGAGCCAGAGUUUCCAAGGGGAAAAAAAGUAUGGAGGGGUGGAGAUUAAUAAAGAUAGCAAAAUUAAGAAGAUUUAUGAGAUUGGGAAGACUGAUGAGAUUGACGAGGUUGAAGGGAUUUGCGAAACUGAUGAGGGAAACGAAAUGGACGAAAAAAGUGGAGAACCUUGUACUGACAAAUUUGUGACCCUAAUUGAUGGUGGAUUAACAUAUAUACAAGAAGGAAGAAAUAAAACAAUCACUGAUGCAAACAGAAAAGAGGACGAAUCAGAUUUACUGAAUAGGUAUCAUAUGAUGGGAAGCAUCUCCAGUUAUUCAUUCAAUGACUUAAUAAAUGAAACUAGAUACUACACAGACUUGAAAAAUGAGAGAGAUAUGAGGUUUGUUCUUGAUCGGGGUGAAAAUUUUCACAGUUUUAAGAAUCCCUAUGACGAUUUUAAUUACCCCAGAAAAUCCUAUAAUGAAGAAAUAAUGAAAGAUGAAAAUGACAAAAGAGAAAAACUCCUGAACAGAAAUAGCUACUUCAAUUGUGUUUCUACUAAAGACUUAUAUAAAGAUACAAAUAUAGAAGCACAAAAAGACACAUCAAAAAUGUUAAAAUGUGUAAAAAAUAAUGAUUUGAAUCUGGGUUCCUUUUCCAUGGGGAAUAAUUUUAACUCGAACAAUUUAAACGACAAAAAUAGACACACUUUAGUCAAUAGACAACCUGAUAAUACUAUUGAUAAUUUAAAUGAAAUGCUUUUUAACAAUAUAUAUGAAGGACAAUUUGGAGAAAAAAACGAUUGUAGAACUCCUAGAGGUAUUGCUAUUCUAAAUGAGAAAAGAAAAUCCUUUAUCGAAGAAGUUGGACAACUAAGAAAAUCAAUUGAAGAUGAAGAAAAAGAAAGUAAAAAUAAUAAACAAAAUUUUAGAACUAUCAAUCCUUAUGAACAAAAAUUUCUACGUACAAAUAAUUUCCAAGAAGACAGAAAUAACGUUUAUAAAAAUGAUAUCAUAAAAAAAGAAAAUUAUUUCAUGAAAAGUAAUCCAAGUGACACAAAAAAUACAUACCCUGAUUUUAAACUGGUUCGAACGAAUGAACCUGGUUCCUUGUGUACUCCAAAUCCUGGAAACCACUUCGACAGAAGCCACUUCGAGAGAAGUUACUUCGAGAAAAGCCACUUCAAUAAAAGUAACUCCCAUAAGAAUGACUCCGAUAAGAGGAACUUUGAGAAGCAUCCUUUGGACAACCAUUUUAAAAACCGUUUUAAUUGCUCCUAUCAAGGGAAAGAAGAUUCCUCAGGUGAUGAGAAAAACCAGAAUUUUACUUCGAACCUUUCAAAGUGGCAAAGUAAAAGGUAG